UUCACUGAUACACUAUAUGUAUAUCACAUCUAUCAUGAUACAGUAGUAUAUUAUAACUUAUAUAUAAGAGGAUACGAUACAGAUUACCACGAGCACCCAACACACCGGAGACAAGUCAUAAAAAACGGUACGCACUGGGUUUGGGAGAUAGUGCGCAUGCUCAUUUGUAGAUCACCCGAACACUCGAAAGACGACAAGGAGUGCCAAAUGUUGGAAUUUACAGAGACUGGAAUCAUGGAUAAACUUCCAUCUCCAAGGUUACUCAAUACCCACCUCAGCAUAAAACAUCUCCCAAAACAGAUCUUUACCAAGAAAACUAAAAUUGUCUACGUGUAUCGAAAUCCUAAAGAUGUAGCAGUUUCCUUGUAUUGUCAUAUCACGGGGAUAAAACGAACCAAUGGGUAUGAGGGAAGGUUCGAGGAUUUUCUUGAUCUGUUUUUACGUGAAAAGGUGGCCUAUGGUAAAUGGGGUGACUAUAUUAAAGAAUGGGAGGAUAUCGUUGACAAGGGUGAGACACCAAUAAUAGCAAUAGCUUAUGAAGAUAUGAAAAGGAAUCCUGUAAAAUAUAUAAAGGAAGUAGCACAGUUUCUGGAGCUUGAUGUAACAGAUGAACUCUGUGCCGCCAUUGCUGAUGCCUGCAGUUUUAGUAAAAUGAAAUCAAUUGCAGAAAACUUCAAAGAGAAUGCCUUGAAUAUUACCUGGAAGGAAGGAUCCGGUAUGCUCAGAAAAGGACAAGUUGGAGAUUGGAAGAAUUGGAUAACGGUAGCCGACAAUGAAAGGUUUGAUGAGUUUAUUGAAACAAAGAUGAAAGAAAGUCACAUGAAAUUCAUUUAUACUUUGUAACCCAGAUAAUUAUAUGGGUAAAAGAUAAUAUUGUAAAUGAUUUUUAAUGUGUUUUUUUUUGUAAAAUGUAUGUAAGAGCUGACAGUUGGAUCUAUCAUAGAUAGAUAAGGAAAAAUGAAUAUAUUAUUGUAAAUUCAUUCAAAUUAUUUUAUUCUCAGCGAAGUUAUCACUGAUUGAUGUUUUGGCAAUACGAGACACAAAUUGUGGAUUAUCUUAGCAUCGGUACUUGUUAUUCGAGAUAUCUGUUUAAAUUAAAUUAUUAAUCCUCAUGAAUUUCCGCCAUACGAUGAUCUAGAGAGUUGAUUACAGGCUUGUCGUGUGAAUCUCCGCCAUCAGAUGAUCUAUAGAGUUAAUUAAAGGCUUGUCAUGUGAAUCUCCGCCAUCAGAUGAUCUAUAGAGUUAAUUAAAGGCUUGUCAUGUGAAUCUCCGCCAUCAGAUGGUCUAUAGAGUUAAUUAAAGGCUUGUCAUGUGAAUCUCCGCCAUCAGAUGAUCUAUAGAGUUAAUUAAAGGCUUGUCAUGUGAAUCUCCGCCAUCAGAUGGUCUAUAGAGUUAAUUAAAGGCUUGUCAUGUGAAUCUCCGCCAUCAGAUGAUCUAUAGAGUUAAUUAAAGGCUUGUCAUGUGAAUCUCCGCCAUCAGAUGAUCUAUAGAGUUAAUUAAAGGCUUGUCAUGUGAAUCUCCGCCAUCAGAUGAUCUAUAGAGUUAAUUAAAGGCUUGUCAUGUGAAUCUCCGCCAUCAGAUGAUCUAUAGAGUUAAUUAAAGGCUUGUCAUGUGAAUCUCCGCCAUCAGAUGGUCUAUAGAGUUAAUUAAAGGCUUGUCAUGUGAAUCUCCGCCAUCAGAUGAUCUAUAGAGUUGAUUAAAGGCUUGUCAUGUGAAUCUCCGCCAUCAGAUGAUCUAUAGAGUUGAUUAAAGGCUUGUCAUGUGAAUCUCCGCCAUCAGAUGAUCUAUAGAGUUAAUUAAAGGCUUGUCAUGUGAUACUCCGCCAUCAGAUGAUCUAGAGAGCUAAUUAAAGGCUUGUCAUGUGAAUCUUCGCCAUCAGAUGAUCUAUAGAGUUAAUUAAAGGCUUGUCAUGUGAAUCCCCGUCAUCAGAUGAUCUAUAGAGUUAAUUAAAGGCUUGUCAUGUGAAUCUCCGCCAUCAGAUGAUCCAGAGAGUUAAUUAAAGGCUUGUCAUGUGAAUAAAUGUCAAAAUAAUAAUUUAUAUAAUAUUUGAAGCGAACAACAAGACUUGGAAUGGACGGAUUUAGCUCUUACAUAAUGCAUCUUUAUUAUAGUAAACAAAACUAUUGUUAUUAUGAAUAUCGCCAUGUACAUAUCUAGUAUUAUUAUCUUUAAAGGGCAUUUAGUGAAAGGGGUAUGUUUUAACAGGUAGCUUCAUGGAUAACAUUCACUAGGUUUAUUAAUUGGAACAUUUCAACGAUUUUUAUAAUGAAUAUUGUUAAUGACUUUAACAUUCAGAUGUUAUUUGAUGUUUAUUAUGGUAAAUAGAAUUAUUAAAGAUAUU